UGCGGCGGUGGGUUUCGCAGGUCCGCGGGGCUCGGUGCGUCCUGCGCAGGGCAGGAGGACGGAUCGGGUUUCGUUUUCCUUUGCGCGGCUGAACUGAGGGACGGCACAGGGUCCGACCCUCCCGCUGCAGAGGACCAGCUGGCCGAGGCCAGGGCGCGGCCCGCGCUGACCCUCCACCAGUCGCCAUGGCCGACCACCUGAUGCUCUCCGAGGGCUACCGCCUGAUGCCGAGGCCACCCCCCGUCGCGUCCGCCCAUGCGCUCCGGACUCUGCAGCCGUACGCCGGCCCUUGCCUGGACAGCGGGCUGCGGCCGCGGGGGACUCCACUGGGACCACCGCCACCCCAACCCGGAGCCGUGGCAUAUGGGGCCUUCGGGCCGCCGCACUCCCUCCAGCCCUUCCCGGCCGUGCCGCCUCCUGCCGCUGGCAGCCCGCACCUGCAGCCGGGCACGGCGCUGUACCCAGGCCGUGGCCCCGCGCCCUCGGGUGCCGCGGGAGCCGCCCCGGGGCUGCAGCCGGCGCCCGGAGCAGGGGCCCCGCAGCCGCCCGCUCAUGGCCUGGGAGGCAUGGACGCCGAGCUCAUCGACGAGGAGGCGCUGACGUCGCUGGAGCUGGAGCUCGGGCUGCACCGCGUGCGGGAGCUGCCCGAGCUCUUCCUGGGCCAGAGCGAGUUCGACUGCUUCUCUGACUUGGGGGUGGCACCGCCCGCCGGCCCGGUGAGCUGCUGAGCGGGGCCGCGCCGCCCGGGAGGCGGGACAGGCCUGGGGAGCCGCGGCGGGCUCCGGCGCACCCUCCGUGAGGGUGCCUCCCGCGGGUGGCGGUCCAGGCGCACCUUUUGCCGCCACUCCGUGAAGGCGUCUGGACCAGCCCCGGAACUUGGCGUGCCCGCCGUCUCCUCACCCCAACUCCCCAAUCUGAGCCACUCCGGGCCUCUGCCUGACGUCCCCCCACUGCGGGAUCGGGUCCGGAGCCCCCUUCCAGAAAGCGCCCGCCCUCGCCGCCGGGGUAGGACGCAGCCCCGCAAGAGGGAAACAACGCCCGGCCCG